GGACGCGGGGACCAGUCGCGGCACCAUGAUGGCUGGCCAAGUCUGAAAUUUGUGUGUGUCGCGGGACUGAAAGGAUACGGGGAGGAAUAUUUUGAGGAAGAAUUUUGACGUUUUUUUCGCACCAACAUGGAGUCCAGGUGACGGGAUCAGGCCCAGCCGAGACGACGCCCCCCCCCCCACGCCCUUGGAUUCUAAGACAUGAUGUGCGACGUAAUGCCAACAAUCUCCGAGGACGGGAGCCAGCGGGGCUCCAGCUACGGAGAUGACUCCAACUUUGAGCAGCUGAUGGUCAACAUGCUGGACGAGCGUGACCGGCUGAUGGAGUCGCUGCGGGAGACGCAGGACGCCCUCAGCGGGGCCGACAUGCGCAUCGGGGAGCUGGAGCGAGAGCGGGAGAUGCUGCACAAGCAACUGUCCACGGGUCUGCCAAGGGUGAGUCUCAAAAGUUUCUGUCUCAAGCCAUCUUGCCCCCCACCAAACUCCAACCCCAACCCACCCACUCCCACCAAACCCCACCCCAUCCCACCCCUACCUCACCCAACCCCAUCCCCACCCCACCCAACCUACCCCCAACAAUCCCCACCCCCAACCCACCCACUCCCACCCCACCUCACCCAACCCCAUCCCACCCCCACCUCACCCCCACCUCACCCCAACCUCACCCCCACCCACCCCUUUGAAGAACCCAGGAUCAAGGAAUUUGCGACUCUAACUAAGGAACUGAACCAAUCCCGGGAACAACUUCUAGAACGAGAGGAGGAAAUAGCCGAACUGAAAGCAGAGAGGAAUAACACACGGUGUAUACACAUGAGGCAUGGAUAUUUUGUUCCAUUUGACAGUUACUCCUGGAACAUCUUGAAUGCUUGGUCUCGCGGCACGAGCGCUCCUUAA